AGGAGGAGGAGGCCUGCUGGAUGAACUGGUUAGUUGUGUGGGUUGGACCUCUGCUGAUGAGCUGUAUUCCUGCAGUGAUGACCACCAGAUUCUGAAAUGGAAUUUAUUAAAUAGCGAGAUAACCUUGGUUGUAAAACUCCAAGAUGACACAUACCCAAUUAACCUUCAUUGGUUCCCCAAAAAUAAUGGCAACAAGAAGCAAUCACAGUCUGAAAUGUUUGUGCUGACUAGUUCUGAUGGAAAAUUCCAUUUAAUUUCCAAGUUUGGGAGGGUGGAAAAAACCGUGGAGGCUCAUUCAGGUGCAGUAAUUGCUGGCCGAUGGAAUUAUGAAGGAACAGCUCUGCUUACAGUUGGUGAAGAUGGGUACAUAAAAAUGUGGUCAAAGAGUGGUAUGCUGAGGUCUACUGUAGCCCAGACGGGUUCACCUGUUUACUCGGUGGCUUGGGGUCCUGAUUCUGAGAAAAUACUUUAUCCUCUAGGAAAGCAAUUGAUCAUCAAACCACUGCAGCCAAAUUCCAAAGUUAUACAGUGGAAAGCCCAUGAUGGUGUCAUUUUAAAUGUUGAUUGGAACUCCGUUAAUGACCGUAUCCUGUCAGCUGGAGAGGACUGUAAAUAUAAGGUGUGGGACAGCUAUGGGCUCCCUUUAUACAGCUCUGCUCCACAUGAAUAUCCGAUAACUGCAGUUUCAUGGGCACCUGAUGGAGAACUGUUUGCUGUGGGAUCUUUCCAUACAUUGCGACUUUGUGAUAAAACUGGGUGGUCCUAUUCCUUAGAAAAACCAAAUACAGGUAGCAUCUUUAAUAUUGCAUGGUCUGUUGAUGGCACCCAGAUGGCCGGGGCUUGUGGAAAUGGGCAGGUUAUCUUUGCACAUGUUGUGGAGCAGCAUUGGGAAUGGAAGAAUUUUGAAGUGACCUUGGUCAAAAGACGGGCAAUGCAGGUACGCAACGUAACCAAUGAUGCUGUCGAUUUACUGGAAUUCCGUGACCGAGUCAUUAAGGCUUCUUUGAACUAUGGACAUUUAGUUGUCUCUACCUCUCUUCAAUGCUAUGUGUUUAGCACAAAGAACUGGAAUACACCAUUAAUCUUUGAUCUUAGAGAAGGAACCGUUACCUUAAUUUUACAAUCUGAAAGACAUUUCCUUCUAAUGGACGGAGGCAGUUUAUUUCUGUACUCUUAUGAAGGUCGCCUCAUCUCCACUCCUAAGGUUUCUGGAAUGAGAAUAGAUAAUCUGAAUUCGCAGACUGUAUCUUUAAGCAAUGACACCAUUGCUAUUAAAGACAAAGGAGAUGAAAAGUUUAUCUAUCUAUUUGAUGCCUUAUCAGGAAAGCCACUGGGUGAUGGAAAACCUCUCACUCAUAAGAUGGAAAUAUUGCAGAUUGCACUUGACCAAAGUGGACAUGCUAAUGAACGGAAACUGGUAUUUGUUGACAAAAAUAGAGAUCUUUAUAUCAGUCCAGCCAGAAGAUUUGGGAAAGAGCAGAGAGCUAUAAAAAUUGGUUCUAUGGUAUAUACUUUAGCCUGGAACGAUGUAUCUAACAUGCUCUGUGGACUUCAGGAUAAUCGUUUCACAGUUUGGUAUUAUCCAAAUGUUGCUUAUGUUGACCAGAACCUUUUGGCAAAAACGAUAUUUGAAAAAGAUGGAAGUGAAUAUAGCAAAACUCCUCAGAUUGUGAGCUUUGUUGGUAACAGAGUAACUAUCAGAAGAAGUGAUGGAUCGCUAGUGCAUACUAAUAUAUCACCCUAUCCAGCAAUCCUUCAGGACUACGUCACCUCUUCCAAGUGGGAUGAUGCCGUGAGGCUUUGUCGUUUUGUCAAGGAGGAAAGCCUGUGGUCUUGUCUAGCUGCCAUGGCUGUUGCAAGUAAGGAAAUGACAACAGCAGAAGUAGCAUAUGCAGCAAUUGGAGAGAUUGAUAAAGUUCAGUACAUAAAUUUAAUCAAAGAUCUGCCGUCAAAAGAGUCCAGAUUGGCUCACAUCCAGCUGUUAAGCGGAAACUUUCAAGAAGCUGAGGCCUCUCUCCUUCAGGCUGGUCUCGUAUACCAAGCCAUACAGCUCAACAUUGACUCUUACAACUGGGAGAGGGCAUUGGAUUUAGCUGUGAAACACAAGACACAUGUCGAUACUGUUUUGGCUUAUCGACAAAAGUAUCUGGACAACUUCAGGAAGAAGGAAACCAACAAGAGAUUCCUGCAGUAUGCAGAAGGUAUCGAGGUAGACUGGGAGAAAAUCAAAGCCAAAAUUGAGAUGGAACUUUCUAAAGAGAGAGAACGUACUGUGUCCGGACCAACUGUUAGAAGCAGCAUUUCAUCGCAGGCUUGAUUGCCAUGUGACAAACGAGAGAUGGAUUCUUUCUCCGUCCAUUCUUCUUCCAUUUCAAAUGUCUAACUUAAAUGCUUACUUAUUAUAAAUUAUUACAGUUUCAUAAAAUAUUUUUUUUUAAAUCUAUGAAAUAUUUUAUUUAUGCCCCUUGUGUGCCUAAGAACUAUUAUAGUAAUGACAAAAAAAAUAAUUUU